GAGCAGAAGCGCUUCCGGCAGCCUGGGACCACUAAUCCGAAAGCCAGUCUUCCGGGCCUGGCGCGACCCUCGCCUCGGGCCUUUCCGAGUCGUAUAGUCGCGCAGCCCAGCUCCUGCGAAGCGGCAGUGAAUAGUGCCUCCGUCCAGGUCCAGACCUCCUCGUCUCCCGGCUGCUUCGGGCAUCAGGAGACCCCAGGAUCCUGUGAUUGGCGCCUGUGCCUGCUGACCGUGACCGAGGAGCCCCGAGGGACCUGGACGUUCCUUGAGCUUGGUGCCUGUUCUUCGUCCUCUUUUCGGUCGGGGAUCUGGCAGUGGUCUUUGUCUUCUUCCAUAAUGCGUGGCAUUUGGUAAACAUGUGUUCAACUUAAAGAGACAUAUGGGCAAUGAAUCUGGAAAGGGAGAACGUCUUUGGUCCUACAGCAUUGCUGACACUGACAUAUUCUAAGUCGUGUUGAACAGCCUACUUUUUAUGUCAAUAACUGGCCAGACUUCAUAUUUUUCUACUUCAGAAGCCUAUAAGAGAUUUAAGAUUUAAGAACACUGCUUUCAGUUAUCACUACAUUUAACGUGAAAGUUCUUUCUUAUUCCAAAAUGUUGAGAUACUGGGGAGAGAUACCAAUCUCAUCAAGCCAGACCAACAGGAGUUCCUUUGAUUUGCUCCCACGGGAGUUCCGUCUUGUGGAAGUCCAUGACCCACCCCUGCAUCAACCCUCAGCCAAUAAGCCCAAGCCCCCCACUAUGCUGGACAUCCCCUCAGAGCCAUGCAGCCUCACCAUCCAUACCAUUCAGCUGAUCCAGCACAACCGACGUCUGCGCAACCUCAUUGCCACAGCUCAGGCCCAGAGUCAGCAGCAGACAGAAGGUGUAAAGACUGAAGAGAAUGAACCUCUUCCCUCUUGCCCUGGGUCACCUCCUCUUCCUGAUGACCUCCUGCCUUUAGACUGUAAGAAUCCCAAUGCACCAUUCCAGAUUCGGCACAGUGAUCCAGAGAGUGACUUUUAUCGUGGGAAGGGGGAACCUGUGACGGAACUCAGCUGGCACUCCUGUCGGCAGCUCCUUUACCAGGCAGUGGCCACAAUCCUGGCCCACGCAGGCUUUGAGUGUGCUAAUGAAAGUGUCCUGGAGACCCUCACCGAUGUGGCACACGAGUACUGCCUUAAAUUCACCAAGUUGCUGCGCUUCGCUGUGGAUCGGGAGGCCCGGCUGGGGCAGACUCCUUUCCCUGACGUUAUGGAGCAAGUAUUCCAUGAAGUGGGCAUUGGCAGUGUGCUCUCCCUCCAGAAGUUCUGGCAGCACCGCAUCAAGGACUAUCACAGUUACAUGCUACAGAUUAGUAAGCAACUAUCUGAGGAGUAUGAAAGGAUUGUCAAUCCUGAGAAGGCCACAGAGGACACUAAACCUGUAAAGAUCAAGGAAGAACCUGUAAGUGACAUCACCUUCCCCGUCAGUGAGGAGCUGGAGGCUGACCUUACUUCUGGAGACCAGUCACUGCCCAUGGGAGUCCUCGGGGCUCAGAGUGAGCGCUUCCCAUCUAACCUGGAGGUCGAGGCUUCGCCACAGGCGUCAAGCACGGAGGUAAAUGCUUCCCCUCUUUGGAAUCUGGCCCAUGUGAAAAUGGAGCCUCAAGAGAGUGAAGAAGGCAACGUCUCUGGGCAUGGUGUGCUGGGCAGUGAUGUCUUCGAGGAGCCCAUGUCCGGGAUGAGUGAAGCUGGAAUCCCCCAGAGCCCCGAUGACUCAGACAGCAGCUAUGGUUCCCACUCCACAGAUAGCCUCAUGGGGUCCUCCCCUGUUUUCAACCAGCGUUGCAAGAAGAGGAUGAGGAAAAUAUAAAAGGAAAAGGGGAGAUGUUCUGUCCAGAUCCAUAAGACCCAACAGAAAACCUUGAUGUAUUCAAAUAUUUCCAUAAAAGGUGAUUUGACUCUUACUCUCAACCACAGAGCAAUUUCUGGAUUUCAGUGGAGAUGGAUUUAACGAAACAAGUUUGCAUUUUACUUUUACAUCCAGUUUUGUAGUUUUCCACAACGAAGCCAUCUUUUACAGACCGUUCAUGACACUGGGAUGAUAAUCAGGAGACAGAGCACUGUCCCUGUCAUCCUUACCAUUGCACAGCUAAGAAGUACAUACUGGUUGGCCCUGUACUGCAUGGAUAUUGUACAGAUUGAGAUUGUUAUCAGACCUCCAAGCUGUGCUUGCAAAGACUCACAAGUAAAUAUAUGCUGAUAUAUCAGUUUUUUCACUGAA